GAGCGAGCGAGCGUACACGGCUCGCGUUGGUCGCAAUCGGCCGGCGUAAUCUGGAGGGAGUGAGGGAGGAUGGGGCGGCUGCGGUGGGCGGAGGAGGGAUGCGGGCGGUGGGAGCUGGACAUGGAAGCGCCGGUGACCAUGGAGGGCACCGCCCGCGCGGUACCCGGCGACCCCCUCCCUCUCGGUCUCUCCCGCGGCCGGCGCAUCACCCGCCCCAAGCAGCUUGACUUCAUGCACCGGUUUAUGUCCUCCCCGCUCGUCCCCUCCUUCGCCGGCGAUCCCGCCAACGGCGGGCAGGGCCUCCUCCUCCACCACGCCCACACCGUUCAUCUCACCGAAAAUUGGUCUACUACCAUCAUGGAUCAGUUAGAUGUGCAGAAAAUUUCACUCCUCUUUAAAGAAUUUGCAUCAAAUCAUGGCAAGGAGAUCUCAUGGCCAAAGAUCAUCUUCAAGCAUUUACUUGACAUAUUCUCAUGGGGCCUUGGUACUGAAUUCCUGUUCACACAGAAUUCUUCUUUUCUUGUUGAAAUGUACAAUGUCAAGAAAGGAAAUCGAGGGAAAGCAAUUUUUCAGCAAAAGCUUCCACAUCACAACCUAACACUUGAGACAGCUUGGCCUGGACUUUUUGUUGAUAAUAAUGGAACAUACUGGGAUGUACCAUUAUCAUUAGCAGUUGACCUUGCUUCCAUUUCCUCAAGUUCUGGUUUGAGCUAUCAUUUAUGUUUACAGCAUAAUAGUGGGAAACCAAAACACUUUGGUGGUGAUCAAACUACUCAAGUACCUCCUUCUCUGUUGCCUGGUUUAUGUGCAAGAGCUGCUGCUUCAAUCAAAGAGAAUUGGAGCAUUUGGAGAAAAAAAGAAGGCAAGUUAAGGAUGGUUCAGCCUUAUGAUGUGUUCCUUUCAGAUCCCCAUAUAACUGCAUCAGGGGUUCUUGGGGCAGUGGCCAGUGCAUCAUUGGGAGAUUGCUCGGCACGGCUCCCUAUUGAAGAUGGGUUGGAGAGAUGCAAGGCCUUCAGGCUGUACGCCCGAAAAAACAAUUUGGCAGUCUUCGCAGAUCUCUUUGCAUCUGUAUCUUGUACGGCUCAGCAUGGAAAUUUUCAAAGGCUUUUUCUUGAUCUCACGAGGUUCAAUGCCCGACUAGAUUUCCCCUCAGGUUCUGCAUUUCUAACCGGGGUUGCACAUUUAUCACAAGAUUUAUAUAAUUCUCGACAACUGAAUUUAGAGGCAAUCUGUGCUGUUUGUCCAGAGCUGACAGUAUCUCUGCAACAACAGAUUGCUGGGCCCUUCAGCUUUCGAGUUGAUUCCAGAAUUUUGUUUGACCCAAAAGACAGAUACCACAUUGCUCGCCUAGAUGAGUCCAUAUUUGCAAUUGACUGGGCUUUGAAGGUUCUUGGUUCAGCCAAGGCAACGGCUUGGUACUCCCCGAAACAUCGAGAGGCCAUGGUGGAGCUUCGGUUCUUCGAGAGCUAAGGAAAAUGCAUAGUUCUUCCUCGGUGUUUACCUAAUCUGUUCCAGAAUAGUAAUCUCACUGAAAUUACAGACCUCAACAUUUUAGCACUUGUCCUCCUUGUUUUCCUUUUCUCCCUGAUCUAGCAGUUCCGUUGCUCACUCUUAUGUUUACUAUCCUUUGUGUAUCAAUGUAUGACCAGUUAAAGAGACUGCAAUUUAAUCUGAGUGUCAAAUUGUUUACCACA